AUGGACCUCGACGCCUGGCUCGCCGAGCAUAUUGGCUGCGAGCAGCGGCGCGCGGAAGUGCGCGCGAACGUCGACUGUCUGAGCGACUUUAGAGUUGCCUCACUCGAGGACCUCGAGGACGCGCUCGGCCUCGCCGCGUGGCCGGCCCUGCCGAAGAAGCGGUUCCUGGACGCGUGGCGGCGGCUCAAGGACGGCGAGGACGAGGCCGCCCCCUCGAGUGAACCUCAGCGCCCGCGGUCCGCGCCGGUGUCGGCGGCCGAGCUCGCGGCGGCGGCGCGCGGGCCGCCCGACGAGGAUGAGGAGGAGGAGGACGAGGACGACGAGGAGGAGGACGUCGGCGGGCGAACUCCUUCGAGAAGUGACAAGCCUCGCGGCAACCCUCGGGCCUGCGAGGUCCGCCGCGUCGGCGACAAGAAGUGGCGCCGAUUCGCCUCGCGAGCGGACGCUGUGGCCGCGUUCCCCGACCUACGGAGUCAGAGCACGGUCUCAAGGCUGAUAACGGACAACCCAAGGAAAAGACCAACGGACCGAGCUCCGGCGGACAUCCGCGAGCGGUUCGAAGCGCGCAACGUCCCUCGGCGCCCGCGGUCGCCACCGGUCAGCGCGGCCGCGCUCGCAGCGGCGGCGCGCGGGCCGGAAUCGGACGAGGAGGACUCCGAGGACGAGGACGAGGACGAGGACGUCGGCGGGCGAGCUCUAAGCGCUGCUACUUUAAAGAACCAGCGUGCCUGCGAAGUCCGCCGCGUCGGCGACAAGAAGUGGCGCCGCUUCGCGUCUCGGAAAGACGCCGCCGCGGCGUUCCCAGAAUUGUCCGGGUCUGAUAUCUCGAAGUUGAUAACUAAGCCGACCAAGGCCCGGCCCUCCGUGCGCGGCAUGUACGAGGCGCGAAGUGUAGGCGGCGAGUCGCGGUCGGCGCGCGGGGCCCGAGACUCGGACUCAAAUGAUGAGGAGGACUCGGACGACGACGACGAUGCGCCGACGACGGCGCGCGGCCCGAGAGGCCAGAUGGCCUGUGAGAUGAGACGCGUCGGCGACAAGAAGUGGCGGCGCUUCGCCUCUCGGGCGGACGCGGCGAGGGCGUUCCCAGGACUUUAUAGUUAUGAUAUCGGAAACCUCAUCAAUAACAAGAAGACCCGGCCCUCCGUGCACGGCGUGUACGAGGCGCGAAGUGUAGGCGGUGAGUCGCGGUCGGUACCGGUGUCCGCGGCGCGCGGGGCCCGAGACUCGGAUUCAGAUGAUGAGGACGACGACGACGACGACGAGGGCGCCACGCGCGGCAAGAUCAUCGAGAUGCGCCGCGUCGGCGACGCGUCGUGGCGCAAGUUCGCCCACCGGGGGGAUGCCGCGAGGGCGUUCGGCCUCAGCCGUACCAGUGUCGAGCGACUCGUUAACAAAACGUCGGAUGCGCCCUCGAGUAGAUUCGAGGCGCGCCAGGUCGACGGCGACAUCGCGGAUGUGGAGGACGUAUCUCAAAUUGAGGUAAAAGUCGUGGCCGUUGGCGACCGCGUCGAGGUGGACGGCGAGCCCGGCGUCGUCACGUCGAUCGGGGAGAAUCAGCAUCGCUGUUGGAAGGUUCGACUCGACGGCGAGGCCGAGGCCCGGAAUUGCCGCAGAAGCCAGAUCACGAAGGAUGGGUCGCCGGUCGCCGCGCCCGCGCCCGUGCCCAUGGCAGACGACGCGGACGACGACGAGCCGCGCCCGCCCGCGCCGCCGCGGACGUUCGCGCUGCCGUCGCUGCCGGCCGACGCCUGCGAGGUCCGGCGCGUCGGCGACGCGGACUGGCGGCGCUUCGCGAGCCGCGCCGACGCCGCGCGCGCGUUCGGGGGCGUCCACGGCCUGGACGCCGAGCAGAUCGGGAAGUUGAUCGACGACAGCCCGGUCAAGCCGUCGAGGGAGCGGCCGAAGCGGGCCAUCCGCGAUAACUUUGAGGCGCGCGCCGCCGCCGACACCGGCGCGCCCUUCGAGGCCGUGCCUUUGGAGGACGAGUGCGUCAUCUGCCAGAAGUCGACGCUCGAGGCCGACGACACGCCGAUGCAGGACGUGCUCCUCUGCGACGUCUGCGAGGGCGACGUGCACCUCGCGUGCACUUCAUUAUCGAAAAUACCUGGUGAGGCAGACGCUUUCACGUGCAGCGCGUGCGCCGCGGCCCAAGGGGACGACGCGGCGCCCGCGCCGAUGGACGCCUCGCCGCCGGCGCCCGCGCCGGCCGCGGACGACUUCGACGAGCUGUACUCGGAGGUGGCCGCAGCGGCGCCCGCGGCGGCCGCCGCCGAGGUGGCCGCGCCGGGGCCCGCGCCGGCGGCCGCUGACGGCGAGGACUGGGGCUCGGCGAGCUUCGGCAUGUCGACGGCGGCGCCGGCGCCCGCGCCUGCGCCUGUGCCUCCGACCGCUGCGCCGGCCGACGACAAAGCCCCGCCCGCGAAGCGCGCGCGCCUCGACGACUUGCUCGGGCCGCCGCCCGCGGAAGAAGCGCCGGCCCCGGCGAUCCCCAACGACGGCUCCUUCCUCGCGACCAUGAAACAGGCGCUCGCCGCGCCGCCCUCGCCAGCACUGCCCGCGCCCGCGCCGCCGGUCCUGCAGCCCAUUGCGCCGCCGCCUUCCAUGACGCCGACGAACGGCGGCGUGCUCCAGCCCAUCGUUCUGGCACCAAGCAGUCCGCCGCCGCCGCCGCCGGUGUUGCCCUCGUCGCCGGCCUCCUGGCCGACGCUGUCUGACGUGGACAAGAGCCGCGUCGAGGCGCUGAGCCACAGCUGCCCCGCGGCGGCCGGGCGCCUGGCCGAGGCGCUCAGCCGCCGCGCGGCGCCCGCGGCGCCGACGUCGCCGCUGGCGCCCGCCGCGCAGCAGCCCGCUCCGCCGGGCACGCCGGACGCGAAGUUCCAAGAAGCCGUCGCGAUGCUGUGA